UGACAUCACUUCCGGCGUCUUCAAGAUGGCGGCGCGCAGGAUCAUGAGGCUCGCCGAGCGCCAGGCCCGCGGGCUCCGCCCCCUCCCCCCUCGGCCGCAGCGGAUUGGCGAAUGGCGAGUGACGCAGGGCUGGGCCCCCAGCACGGCCGGAUAUGGACCCUUGAGGGACCUCCCUGAUUGGUCCUUUGUGGAUGGCCGCCCGGCCCCCCUAUGGAAGGGGCAGCAACGGAGGCUGCAGGAGAACGAGGCUCUGGCACGCCGAGCAGUGAAGCUGAGCCAGGCCCUGGAUGGAGCAAUCCAAAGGGGGGGGGGCAGCAAGGAGGGGUCAGGACCCCCCCCAUUGAAGCCUAAAGGAGCCCAGCGUAAACCAGUAUAAACCAGUAUAGACCAGUAUGGACUGGAAUGGAGCAAUAAAGGAAUGGUUUGGUCCUA